CUUCCUCUUCAUAAACCCUAAUUCGCCGCUGUUGUCUUCUCCAUUCCAACUGGUUUUUAUCUUCACCAUUUUUAUUUCCAAUAUUACAUAUAUAUACAUAUAUACAUAACAUUAAUAAUUUAUAACAAUAAUAAUGUCUAUGCUUCAAUUAAUAACCAAAGCUUCUUCAGCUGAACAAAAAUCUUCAUCAGAUUCACAAUACCCAAUUGUCCUAAACCCAGACCCUGCUUUCCUUACCUUAAUUUCUCAAAACCAACAACCAAACAAUGAAUCUCACUUCCUUAAACCUGUCCAAGGUUGGUCCCUUUCCAAAACCGACACCGAAAUCAUCGAUUUAUCCCAAAACUUUCUCAAAAAACUUCAAAUCAAACUCAAAAACACCAACUCUUUCACAAAACUUGAAUUUGUCAACAUUUUGAACUCCUUUCUUGAAAAGAUUAGCCAAAAGGUUGGCAUUCGCAUAUCCGAUAUCAAACUACCCGAAAAUCGUGAUGGUUAUACGAAAAGACUUGUCGAAAAGUUGGGUUCUUUUAUGGGUGAAGGUGCUUUAAGUUUGGUGAUUGAAGGUUGUGUUAUGUUUGAAAUUUGGGAUGUUUUGGAAUGUUUGAUUGUUAAGGGUUUUGUUGUCGGUUCGUGUUGUAAAGGUUUGGUUUCGAAAUUGGUUGAGAAAGGAAAACCGGGUUUGGUUUGUUUGUGUGUUAAGUAUGUUUUGGAUUUAGAACUUUUGGAUGUGCUUUCGGUUUUGAAGUAUUUUUUGUCUCGGACGACGAAAGAUGGGUUUGGUGAUGUAAGGGAAGGUUGGGAGAGGGAAGCGGUGAUGGCUAUUGAAAUGGCGGCGGAUAAAAGUGUUGGUGAGAAAAAGAUGAAUUUGGCUAAGGAAGCGGCGGUUUUGCUCAUGAUGGGUCAUGAUGGGUUUACGACGAGUGAGUUGUGUUUGCAUUAUCUGAUUGUGUCACCAAAUGUUGAUGAUGUGAUAUUUGCGGCUUGUGUUGGAAAGUUGAAUGGUUUGGAGAUUAUGGGUUUUGUACGAUAUUUGAAGAAAUGGUUGGUGAAGUAUGAGAAAUUUCCUCAAGCGUGUAUGACUGUUAAAGGUGGUUCGUCUAUACUUGGGUUAAAAGCUCUUGAGUCGGUUCCUUCUAUUGAAGCUGUUACAAAGUGUUUUGGGUUGGUAAUUGAUGAGCAUUUUUCUUCGUUGGUGAUGCAUCCGGAGUUUUGUGAAGAGAUGAAGUCUGUCGAGGUGGUUGUGAAUUCUUUGGCAUCGGAAGCAAGGUUUUGUUGCACUCUAGCAAACUUAAGUGCAAGUUUGAAAAAUUGAUGUUAAAGGUAUGAGCCAUUAGGCCCUUGAAACGGCCAUUACUAAAAAGGAGAGGUAUAAACGUUAGAUGGAUGAUUUUGCAGAUGGCAAGAUAUGCUGUUAUAGCCCUACAACUUUUUGUUUGUAUUAGUGAAUUUUGAGAUACUUGAAUUGGGAAUCUGAGAAUGUAAAAUGGCAACACGGUCACUUUUUAUGUUUGCUUUUAAUAUAUGCAUCAUGUAUUCUUGAAAGUGAAAGCUUAUCUAUUUGAGAUUUAUCUUUGAAA